CAUCAUUGAUCAGCCUGGUCUCUCCUCAACCUUAGAUUCAUGGCUUCCGCACUUUCACCUCUGAACCGAACUCUUCCACUCCACCCUGUGCGCAAUGCUACACUAUCCUCCUGCAAGGCGCACGCAACCAAACCUAUGCCGGCAUUUCCUAUCAACGCCCUUUCGGGGCGGAGGCAGUUGCUAUUCUUUCUGACGGCGUCUACGGCGCUUACGGCGAGGGAACGGACGUCCAAGGCGCAAGACAUUCCUCUGUUCGGAAUUCGAAAGAAUAUUAGGAAGGCAGAAGAAGCAGCCGAGGAGAUUGUGAGAGAGGGCUUCGAAGCUGCGGACAAAGGACUGGAAACGGCCGAGCGUGGAAUUGAGGCGGCGGAGAAGGGAAUAGAAGCGGCAGAGAGUGAGAUAUCCGAUUCGGUGAGUUUUGGUGGUUUGGCACAGGCAGGAGUGGUGGCUGGAGCAGAGGUUUUUGGUGUUCUGGUUGCAACGGCCGUAGUGAACGGUAUUUUGGGGCCGGAAGCUCAAAAGUCAUGACGCUACAGACUAAUGCGUCUAAUGCUUGUUGAUCAACUUGCAAUGGGCUUUUGUGUGGGUGUUACAUGUUUAUUCUGUAAGUUGUGCGAGAACUUUUGUAUUUUAGCCUCACAUGAACGCAUUAGCUUGGUACCGUAAAGUGCAAAGCUGAAUUGAACGAUAAAUCUGUGUGCGUGGGUGUAGAAUCUGUUACUUCCUGUGAAUAUUUCUUACGUUAUGUUUCAGUGGUCGUCUCACUACACAAAUCAGCUUACUUUUGCUGUGAUUUACGAAAGAUGUGCCGAAAUUAUAUAUGUCCAACAUAUUUGUUAA